AUGGAACAACAUUUAAACUUGAUUUUAUUGGGGACAGGACGAGCUGGGAAGAGUGCGUCAGGAAACACAAUACUGGGACGACAAGUUUUUGAGUCAAAUGAAAGCUCCUUUUCAGUCACACAACAUGUUGCGGUUGAAUCUGGGUCCGUCUUUGGUUUUCCAGUCACUGUUUAUGACACACCAGGAUCAUUUGGGACUUUUACCCAGAAUCAGAGCAUUUUCCAGAGAUGUGAAUCAGGUCGCUGUGUGUUUCUGCUGGUCAUCAAAGCUGACAGAUUCACUGAAGAAGAGAGAAGAACUGUGGAGAAGAUUGAGAGGUUUUUGGGACAAAACCGCUUGAAUAACACCUGGAUUCUCUUCACCAGAGGAGACGAACUGGAGGAAAGAAACACGACAAUAAAGGAAUUUCUUGAAAGAAAUAAUGCAUUGAAGACACUUGAGAAGUACAAUCAGAGAUAUCAUGUGUUGAACAACAAGAUAAGAGGACCAAGCAAACAAACUAGAUUACUACUUGCAAAAAUUAUCCAGACUUCAUUUGGGGUAAAUGAAGGAGGGAGGCUGCCCAGACGGAUCACAACGGUCACAACAUUAACUCUUGGUUAUGAUUUCACAAGCCAUUUGUCCAGACGGAUUGUUCUUCUGGGUAAAACUGGUGCUGGGAAGAGUGCAGCUGGAAACACAAUACUUGGAAAGAAAGAGUUCAGAUCUGAGCAGAGUUCGAGUUCAGCAACCAGUAAAUGUUCAGUUGCUCACGCCACUGUUUCAGGCAGAUCUGUGUCUGUAGUUGAUACUCCUGGAUUCUUUGACACAGACCUGAGCCCUGAUGAGUUAAUAACAGAGAUAGCGAGAAGUGUUUAUAUAUCCAGUCCUGGACCGCACGCUUUUAUCAUUGUUCUCAGAGUUAUUGACAGAUUCACAGAGCAGGAACAGCAGAUUCCUCAGCAGAUUGAGAUGAGGUUUGGUGAAGAAGUGUUAAAGUACUCCAUCAUUCUCUUCACUCAUGGAGAUCUGCUAGAAGGAAAGUCUGUAGAGGAACUCAUUCAGGAGAACUGUAGAUUAAGAGAUCUAGUUGAUCAGUGUGGAGGCAGAUUUCACGUCUUCAACAAUAGAGAUGUGAAUAACAGAGAUCAGGUGAAUGAUCUACUGAAGAAGAUUGACACAAUGAUAGAGCAGAAUGGAGGAGGACACUACAGUAAUCAGAUGUAUGAAGAUGCCGAGAGACUCAGACGAGAGGAAGAGAGGAGACGGAGAGAGGAAGAGGGGAGACGAAGAGAGGAAAAGAGGAGACAGAGAGAAGAAGAGUGGAGACGAAGAGAGGAAGAGAUGAGGAGACAGAGAGAAGAAGAGUGGAGACGAAGAGAGGAAGAGAAGAGACAGAGAGAGGAAAAAGAGAGGAGACAGAGAGAGGAAGUGUGGAGAUGGAAAGAGGAAGAGGAGAAACGAAGAGAGGAAGAGAGGAGACAGAGAGAGUGGAGACGGAGAGAUGAAGAACAGUUACAACAACAAGUGGAAAUUGAAAGAAUAAGAAGCCAAAUGCAGAAUAUAGAAACAGAGUAUGCUGAAAUUGAAAGACGUAAAGCAGUGAGACAGAGUGAGGAAGAAUGGAUAAAAAUACAUGAGAUUGAGGUAAUUGCAAAGGAGAAAGCCAUAACAUUACACAAAGCACAAAGUGACCUUGGAUUUGAACAGUUUGAUAGAAAGUAUAAUUCUAGGUUCCGUUUAUCAGCUUUUGCAAGUGGCAAAUUAACUGGUUUUGGAGCAGUCAUUGGUGGUGUUAUUGGUUCAGCUGUUGGAGCCAUUGCUGGGCCUACAGGUGUAGCUGUUGGUGGAGUUAUUGGUUCAGCUGUUGGUGGGACUGUUGGUAAAGCAUUUCAUAGACUUUUUAACUAA